AUGCCAAAUAUAGGAGAAGCUCCUCUGUUGCAGACGACACAUUGCGGACACGCCGAGGAGCUGGCAGAGGACGCCACGCGGAGGGGCGACGUAGAUGGCGUAGUCGUGGUCGGUGGGGACGGUAUCGUGUCCGAAGCGACAGCCGGCCUCCUGAAGGGGGCGGCCCGAGAAUGCGGUCUCUUCUACGACGACCCUGGCGUGAGGCUCGUCAGGCCCGGCAUAACCCUGGGCAUUUUGGCUGGGGGUUCCACGAACAGCUUCGUCACGUCGUGCAACGGCACUGAAGACAUCGUCACCCACGUCCUGCAAAUCAUCAUGGGCAACCGGCGGUUCGUGGACGCGGCAGUGAUGCACGCGCAAGGGAGCAUGGUGCACGUAAGCCCUAGCGGCGUGCACGCGGGCUACCUCGGCAGCGUUCAGGAGACGAGCGUCAAGCUGCGCCACAUUGGGCCUGUGCGCGAAGUCCUGGCAGGAAUUAGGGAGUUUGUCAGGAACAGGUCGUAUGAGUGUCAGAUCAGAUACCUGGCCAGAGCAGAUGUGCGCGGUCCCUACGAGGGCGAGGUGUGCCGCGCCGACUGCGCCACCUGCAGCAGCCCUCAGCCCUCUGCUGACUCGGAGGGCACGUGGCGAGAGCUGAACGGAAAGAUAUACAACGCUACGAUGACGCUGGCCAGUCAGCAGUGCCGAUACUCUAAGCACGGCGUGUCGCCGCUGUGUCAUCUCGGUGAUGGAAACCUGGACUUGAUCGUCGCCUGGAAAGCGUCGCGCCUAGCAACGUUCAAAAGAUAUUUGCAAGUUGCACUAAAAAAAGAUCAUUUGCACAGCAAUUCAGCGCAGGCGUUCCGCACCACUGAAGUGCACUUCAGCAGCCACAGCGCACCGCUCAACUGCGACGGAGAACUGCGCUAUUAUCCACAAUUUGUCUUCAAGGUUCAUCGUCAGUGCCUGGGACUGUACAGCCGAGGCCGAGAGCCUCUCUCCUCCCUGGAGCUGGCCUCUUUGACGAACAACUUUUGAGGCAUCGGCAGGUGCCUCCUGUUCGAUGGCAAAUCGUGUUCCUGUUUAUGAAGGAGUCUGUUGCGCGUUCGUGUCAGAAUCUGAUUCUUGUAGGUGGCAUUACCGUUCAUCUACUGACGGUAAAUAUCAUUAUCAAUUAUUUAAAAGCAUUCACAAAGGUAUAUGUAUCCAUAAACUGAGGAUCAAAUGUGAUUUUUCGCCUCGAGGAAUUUAUAUCCAUUUUCUGCUCUGAUUGAUAUACUACUGCUCUGAUUGCCUCGUUCUGUUUACUGGAUGCCAAUUUCUCGGAACAUUUUCGUUCAAUGCACGGCAUUAGAUAGAAUUUGGAUAGAUUCCUGUAAGGCGGUUGAACUUGAAAGCUGAAAAAAAUCGAAGAGAUUUUGGCACAAGAACGGAUGAAAAAAUGCAACGCAUCGCACCAGGAAAUAUUUACGAGGUAACCUGAAGAGAUGAAGAUUAAUUUGUUAAGCGAUUGUCAAAGUGCUGACAUUCACUAUGGUCUGUUCAUCAUUUUUCCUUCAACUAUGUUCCCGGAUCUUGCUCCAUUAUCCCGCUAAAGCCCCCACUCCUGAGAGGCGUUUCAAAAUUUAAUUGCUGAAGAAACGGAAACUGAUGUCUAAUUACUUAAUUGACGAACGAAUUUCUACAGUACCGUUAUGCAAACUUCAUAUAGGCCUCUCAAGCUUAUGGAGUGCAAGAAAACACUGGUUUGGCCUCCCGAGUGAACUGUUACCUGUUCGAUCGAGAUGUAUACAAAUAAUAAACUGUUUUAAUCAGU